CAAUGACGCCAGUCUCCAGGUUGGGGGAAGACUUUCAUCCUUCCUCCCGGCCUGGUCAGGGGUCACCCAGAACAAAUGGGUUUUGGGAGGGAUAGCAGAGAGAUUCAGACUAGAAUUUCUCUCCUACCCCCAAAAUUUCUUCACCCGCACUCCAACUCCGAAAGAUCCCCUAAAGUCCACAGUAUUAGAGGCAGAGGUUCAGUUGUUAUUGGACAAAGGAGUCGUUUGUCAAGUUCCAAAAGAAGAGGAGGGCAGGGGGUAUUACUCCCCACUCUUUCUGGUAAGGAAACCCAAUGGGACGUUUCGGAUGAUUUUAAAUCUAAAACGUUUGAACAAGUUCCUGAAAUACAAAAGAUUCCGGAUGGAGACUAUAAAGACAACUAUAGACCUACUAUACAAGGACUGCUGGAUGGCAAGUGUAGACUUAGAGGAUGCUUAUUACCACAUCCCUAUUCAUCCCUCCUCCCAAAAGUAUUUGAGAACGGCAGUCCAAGUAAAGGGCCAGCUUCUACAUCUUCAAUACAGGGCCCUCCCGUUUGGGGUCUCACAAGCCCCGAGAAUUUUUACAAAGGUUGUGGCGGAGAUGGUGGCUUUCCUCCGAUUGUCCAGGAUAGUGUUGGUACCCUAUCUGGACGACUUUUUGUUCAUAGCCCAGACAAAGGUACAGCUACAGACGGAUCUUGUUCUGGUGUGUUCCCUAUUGAAAGAUCUGGGAUGGAAGGUCAAUCGAGAAAAAUCUUGCCUAACCCCCUCUCAAAAUUGCAUAUUUCUAGGGAUGCAGCUGGACUCCAUAGCCCAGAAAACGUUCCUUCCUCCAAAAAAGGUAAUUUCAACAAAGGAACAUGUUUGGAUACUUUUCCGCUCCUUCCGAUGCUCCAUCAGAGAGGCGAUGGCAGUAUUGGGGCACCUGACGGCCACGAUUCCCGCCGUACCGUUUGCUCAGAUUCACAACGGCUAGGAAGUGGGAUAUCUUAAAGAUAUGGAAUGGUCUUCCACAGACGCUAGAGGAAAAAUUUCAUCUCUCCUCCAGAGCAAGGUAUUCCCUCCUAUGGUGGACAUCCGAGAAAAAUCUCUCGACAGGAAUGCCCUGGUCCUUCAUAGAACCCAUACGGAUAACUACAGACGCCAGUCCGUGGGGUUGGGGGGCUCAUUCAGAUGGGAAUUUUUGGCAGGGAAGAUGGGAUUUAAGAACCAGAGCCUGCACAUCAAAUUACAAGGAGCUCAAGGCAGUAGAAAGAGUUCUGACAGUGGCAGUUCCAGAAGUCUUAGACAAAAGGCUGGUCUUUUACUCGGACAAUUCGACGACGGUGGCCUAUAUAAAUCACCAGGGCGGAACAAAGAUUCCAUCACUGAUCUUCCUCUGCCAGGAAAUCUUCAAAAUAGCAGAAGACAGGAACCUGCUCAUAUCAGCAGUGCAUCUGAAGGGGAAAGAGAACACGGUGGCAGAUUUUUUGAGCCGAGUGGAACUCAGUCAGGCAGAGUGGAGUCUGAACGGAGAAGUUUUUUCCCAGAUUAUCUUAAAGUUUGGGACCCCAACUAUAGACCUCUUUGCUACCCGGAGGAACAGAAAGACGGAGAGGUUCUUCUCUUUAAAUCGCACAGAAAGUCCUACAGCAGUGGACAGCCUGGCCCAGGAUUGGAGCCGGGAACACGGCUAUGCCUUCCCGCCUAUUUCUCUAAUUCCACAGGUGCUGAAGAAGGUACGGAGGGAAGGAGCCUCUAUAAUCCUGGUUAAUUUCAAAAGCCUCAUUGAGCCCAUAUGGAUUGAGGCUAUUGAGUUUAAAAAUCCAAUACAUCUCCCGACAUCUGAUAUAUUGGACGUCUGUUUGGAGAUAUUGUUCGCCAUCCCAGAUGAAGAUCAGAUCAUCAAUGUAUCUUUUAAAGUAAAUGAUGUUUUUAUGCCAGAACUUCGUUUGAAUCUCAUAUGGGGACAGCCCAUGAGGCUGUCUUGGUGCAUUGCGCACAGAGUAGAGAGCAAUGGACUAACACUCGGGCCACGGUUUACCCGUGUCGGCAGAGAUCUUAGAGAUCUUGUUCUUGAUAGUACCGUUUAG